AUGGAGUUGUGCACCCAAAGUGUAGCGGUUGAUCAUAAGAUUAUUACACGUCGCUCUGCCAAUUAUCAUCCUACUAUUUGGGGAGACCAUUUUCUUGCCUCCUAUGCUGAAGUAAUCUCGGGAGGCAAUUAUGAGGGGGAAGAGAAGCAGCAUGAAGAGGUAAAAGAAGAAGUGAGGAAAAUUCUAGUGAUGGCUCCUUCAAAAUCUUUGCAAAACCUUGAACUCAUCAACACAAUCCAACGUCUUGGUGUGGCUUACCAUUUUGAACGUGAGAUCGAGGAAUCGUUGAGUUACUGUUAUGAAGAAGAAUUGAUUAGCCAUGGUGAAGAUGAUGGCUGCUGCCUUCAUCAUAUUGCUCUAUGUUUUCGGUUACUAAGGCAACAAGGUUACUAUGUCUCGUGUGAUGCUUUUAGGAAGUUUACUAACGACCAAGGAAAUUACAAGGAAGCAUUGGUUAACAACGUGCGAGGAAUGCUGAGCUUAUAUGAGGCAGCACAAUUCAGAGUACAUGACGAAGAUAUUCUUGAUAAAGCACUAAAUUUCACUGUCACUCAAUUGAAACUAAUUUUGCCAAAAUUGAGCAACUCAUCCCUUGCAAAGCAAAUCAGUAACGCACUGAAGUUUCCAAUCAAAGAUGGUAUAGUGAGGGUAGAAACAAGGAAAUACAUAUCAUUUUACGAAGAAGAUGAAUCACACGAUCAAGUUUUACUAAAAUUUGCCAAAUUGGACUUCAACAUCUUGCAAAGGUUACAUAAAAAGGAACUAUGUGAUAUCACAAGGUGGCGGAAAGAAUUGGAAAUUGUCAUGAAGGCAUUACCUUAUGCCAGAGACAGAGUGGUUGAGUUAUACUUCUUGAGUUUAGGUGUCUACUUUGAGCCCCAGUAUAGCAUUGCCAGGAAAAUAUUAACAAAAGUUUUAUGCUUUGCUUCUAUUACUGAUGACACAUAUGAUAUUUAUGGGACAUUAGAUGAACUUACUCUCCUCACGGACGCUAUUGAAAGGUGGAAUAUUGAGGCAUCAGAACAACUACCAUCAUAUAUGAAGAUUAUUUAUCGUGCUCUUCUAGAUGUUUACAAUGAAAUAGAGAAAGAGUUGGCAAAUGAAAACAACUCGUUUCUGGUCAACUAUUCCAUAUCUGAGAUGAAAAAGUUGUUAUGUACUUUUCUCCAAGAGGCAAAAUGGUAUCAUGGAAAGAAUCUCCCAACAAUGGAGCAGUAUAUGACGAAUGGAACUCGAUCAAGCACUUACCAUUUGGUUGCAACCACAUCUUGGUUAGGCAUGGGAGAGGUAGCGACUAAGGAUGCAUUUGAUUGGAUAGCAACUGAACCUCUAAUACUUGUUGCUUCUGGUACCAUUGCAAGAUUACUUAACGAUCUUGUAACACAUGAGAUAGAACAUGAAAGAGGAGACACAGCUUCUAGUAUAGAAUGUUACAUGAAUGAAUAUGGUGUUACAAAGGAAGAAGCACAGAUGGAGAUGAGGAAAAUAAUAGAGAAUUGUUGGAAGGAUAUAAAUCAAGAAUAUCUCAGACCCACAGUCGUUAUACCAAGGGUUUUGCUUAUGGCUAUUAUCAACCUUACAAGGGUGGCGGAGUUCAUAUAUAAAGAUGGAGAUGCUUAUUCUUUUUCGAAAAAUAAAUUGAAAGAUAUCGUCUCUAUGGUGCUAAUUGAUCCAAUUAUACCAUGA